AUGGGCAACGCACCGUCUGUCGAGACGCUGCAUUCUCAAUCAAAUAUUCACGCCGCGCAGGAUAUAUAUUCGCCGCCGCCAGCCAAAAGGCAGCCGCAGAAGCUCUCAAAGCCGCGCGUCGGCAAUCAUGCAUCGUCCAAUACAGCUUCCCGCCGUCGGGACUCGAACGCUCCGUCGAUUGCUUCCAGCGUCUCACCGCUUCCGCCAAAUCCCAGCCCCAAUCCCAACCAAAACUUGACCGUGGACACGCGCCGAUCCUCUGCAUUGCCAUCGCCAGUGAUGCUUUCCCCAGCGCCAUCGAGCUUUUCCAAUGUUCUCAUAGCGCCUUCAAUCCCGCCGGAGACAACUUCGAACCACACCGGCGGCUCCAAAGACUGGUAUCGACGCUCCUCGGGGCUUUUCCGGUCGAAAAGUUCCCAAGAGGACAGGACGAAUAGGAGGAGAAGCGGCCUGGUGCCACCCAUGCCUGGCGAGAGGUCUUCCAGAGCCAAUUCCAUGAACUGGGAAUCUCAAGCAAAUUUGGACCACGCCAGGCAACAGUUGGAGAGCUGGAAUAUCGCUGGUAACCGCCAGUCGGUCAAUUACGACAUGUCUUCUUACGAGUCGAGGCGAUUGCUCAACAUGACGGACCAAACCCUGGUCCAGGAGCCCGAAGCAUUUACGGUUGAACCCCAGCUGGGUGAAAUUGAUCAAGCCACGUGGAAGAGCUCACAUCCUCACGAGGUGCCAGCUAUAUCCAUACCGAGAGUGGAUUCUAACGUGUCCCUUUAUGCGCCUGCUCGUCGUCGCUCAGUGAUCCAGACGCCUGGUGUGGCGACGCGCAAGCCAGGGGAUAGUUCCGUGUCACGAAAAUCGAGCUUCCGCCACAGCCACCCGCCGACCCCCGUAGGUGGUCGCUCCAGGCGUGGUUCGUACGUGGCAGAAGCCGAAGUCGUACGGGUCAUAUCAAUGCCACCCCCAAGAAUCAUUGCCGUGGAUGAGGUGGAAAGGGUGGAGACUCCGUCAGAGCUCGAUUACAGGCAGCUGGGAGCCAUGAAGCACGGUUCCCUGAGAAUUACCAACGGCGCCGCCAGCCCCGCCCCCAGCAUCGACGGCGACCUUCCGCACGACAAUGCUUUCGAUAGGGCCCAGGAAUGCGAGAUACCCAUGGCCGUGCAAACUCCCAAGCAGACGCUUGCUCCUAUCACUACCACUUUUAUCAAUCGCAAGACUGUUUCUUCCGUUUCCCAAAGCACGUUUGUCGGUUACGAAGAGCCUGGAGAUACGUCGGGUCACUGUCUUUCGCCCGAGUACGCCCCUUACGAGGUUCUCGACGUUCUCUCGCCUUGGAGUCCUCUCCAGACAGCGUCCGACGACAUGCACUCUCCGUCCUCCUCGAGCAAGAUGCGCAAAAGGCUGCACGCUUCCUCGUCCUACAUCUUCGGCCGAACGCCUGAGAAAUCAGAAAGUACGCCGGCUAGCUCUGCAUCUAUGGGUCCUGCAGAGGAAAGAUCCAGCUCAGCGCUGAGUAUCGGCGGCAACAGCGGCAACAGAAACAAGCUCCAAAGGCUGCUUAGUGGCGCAGAAGCUGGUGGUAUCAACAGCAUUCGGGACUCGUUGACUUCACCAGAAGCAACCUCAGCUGCUGUCGCUGAGACGUCCAAAGGUGCACGUCGACGGAGUCUGCAGCCCAUUUCGGCGUCAAUCUCUCAGGCAGCAGCAGCGAUCAUGUCGCGCAAAAGCAUCCGGCGAAAGCCGAUCUCCACGCACAAGCAACAGAGCGACCAGUCUCAGGAAAAUGAACUCAUCCAGAACGGUUUCGAAUCGAGCGUCACGAGCAUUGACUCGACCCGCGAUAGCGUUGGCCGAAGUGCGUUCGAUCAAGCCUUCAUCGCCCUUCCCGCGGAUGACCGCCAAUACACCGACACGAGGAGGUCCAUGACUAUGACGGCGCAGCAGGAACGAGAUCUGGCCCUCGCCAUCAUGCAGAUCGCCAAUCCCGGAGCUACCCGAAACGUCCCCGCCUCGACAGAAGAUGAAGUCGAUGCCUCCUGCCCGCCUCUCUCCGCACCACCUGUGCCGUCCAUCAAACCUGAAUUCCAGCACCUCCAGCAUGCAGCUUUUGCUUCGGUGCAGCCCAGCCAUCUCAACUCCUCUGCAAACCGCGGUACCUCGUCUGCCGCAAACCAUGGUAUUCAUCGCCCUAUGAGCGCCACCGUCGGAGCUCAGCAAGUACGCAGUCCAGGCCUGCGACACCGGUCCAGCUACGACGGUCACAGCAGUCUCCAGCGGCAUGCUGGCUUCGGACAGGGCCGGUACCAGACUAGCACGCAAAUGCAGAUGCAGACUGGGGGAUACUACCAGAACCAACUCUUGCAGCUUCAGGAGCAGUCAUGGCGCGGGGAGGAGCAGAACUUCGGUCGCUCAGGGCCUGCUGACCCUCGACUCGGCCAUUCGCGAAACCAAAGCGGCGGUACGAACCCACCCUAUCGAAUACUACACAGCUACAACUCGCCGGCAUACCGAAACGUCCAACUCUGGAGCUGA